AUAAACAUAUUUUUUAAAGUUUUCAAUUUUCCCAAAUUGGCCUAUACUAGUGGAUGAAUGCCGGAUACUGAAAAAGUGUAGCAUUUCCCCAAGACUUCUCCAACUGCUUCCUGCCUGACCGAUAAUAUUUGUGAAUAUUCCAGGACAUCUCAGAUCCAGAGGUUAAUUCAAAAUAAACUUAAUCAUGUCUGAUCUACGCAAAUCUGCACUAAACUUUUCUCAAAAAAAGCCAGUCCUACCUAGUUCUGUAAUAAAACACGAUUUUGCCCCAAUCAAAUGGCAAAAAUAUUUUGAUAAAGAGGAAUUCAUUAAAACAGCUUCAGGUGAACAUCAUAUUUACAUAAAAGGACACGAAGGACCUAUUAUACUAUGUCUACACGGUGGCGGGUAUAAUGGAUUAACUUGGUCGCUGUUUGCAAAAGAAUUAUAUGCAAAUCUGGAAUGUCAGAUAGUUGCAAUCGACUUUCGAGGUCACGGAAAUACAAAAACUCUGGACGAUUCAGAUUUAUCUUUAGAAACGAUGACGCAAGAUGUAGCUGAUAUAGCAAAUAUCCUUGCUGAACGUGAGAAAACGGCAGUUGUGUUAAUUGGACACAGCAUGGGAGGAGCAGUUGCAGUGAAUGCAUCUUACAAUAUUAGCAAUUUGGCUGGAUUGUGUGUUAUUGAUGUAGUUGAGGGUACCGCUCUUGAUGCAUUAUCUUCGAUGCAAAGUAUCUUGAGGGGCCGUCCUUCCCACUUCAAGAGUAUACCGCAUGCGAUUCAGUGGUGCUACAAAGGCGGACAGUGUCAUAAUUUAGAAGCAGCUAGAGUUUCAAUGCCAGGACAAAUUGUGAACAUAAAAACAGGACAAUUAGCUUGUGAUGAAUGGGAAACAUUUGACAAAAUCGAUGGAAUGAAUCUUCCAACUGCAUCUGUUAGCCAGCUAAGAGCAUCCAAAUUUACACUCAGAGAAGAAGAUGAAGAAGGAUCGGAUACUGAAAAACCUGAUGAAGAAAACAUAUUCAAAAUUCCCAAAUCGAAUGUGCACAUAGGUGAUGAUGCUGGUUCACAUCCGUCUUACUCUUGGAAAAUUGAUUUGAGCAAAACCGAACCCUUUUGGCAACAUUGGUUCCAGAAUUUAUCAGACAAAUUCUUGAAUGCCAAAGUGCCACGGAUUUUGGUUUUGGCCAAUAUCCACGGGCUGGACACUAAACUUACUGUCGGACAAAUGCAAGGCAAAUUCCAAUUGCAAGUGUUAGCCAAAUGUGGUCACGCUGUUCAAGAGGAUCAACCUCAUCAUGUAGCGGAAAUACUUAGUAUUUAUUUAGUGAAACAAAAGUGUGCAGAGGCAAAGUCAGGAUUUUCUAUGCCUCUUUAUCCUAAUACAAACUGUUAGGAACUGGAGUUUAUAGACAUAAGACUAGGUUUAAGGUUGGAAGUUGAUGCAGUGUGUAAAAAUAAUCCCAAAGGGCAAACGUUGAGGGCGGAGAAUUUUAUUCCACUAGGAACAACUUCCCCAUGAAGAAAAUAUGAAAAUUGGGUUGGAAAAUGAGCGAGCAAACAAUAUUAAGUAUGUCUGAUGAGGUUUAGGGGGAUGAGAAUGAUCUCAAGAAACAUUUCAUUCAUCAUUACAAUAAAAUACAAAAACUAUAAUGUUUUUGAAGAUUCUCAACCCUCAAUAUGGAAUAGGGUGUUUUAUCUGUCUGAAUGAUAGAAAGUUGCAAAAUUGUUGUAUGUAUAGAAUCUGAGAUAAUAGCCGAAUCUAUUUAUCCCCACUAUAUGGAUGAAUCUGUGGAAAAAUCCAUUUUUUGAAUGAUAUCUGAUACCUGCGAUCAGGAAAGAGAAAUUGCAGCCGAUAUAGUUGGGGCCAAUAUUUUUCAGAUCCUCUUAUAACUUCUAACACAUAGAAAAUGCAAAUUUUUGGUCAGUUAAGUAUUAAUUGCCUCAGAUUCUUACUUACCAUUGGGCCUCUAUCAAAAUUGGUUCUAAAUUCACAUUUAACCCCCUCAGAAUUACGCUUUAGCAAGCCGUGAGGACAAUUUUUCAGUCUUCAAUUUACAAAGGACAGGAGUGAAAAUACACACAAAAAAUUCACAAACUUGUGGUUUGAGUCCUAGUGAGUCACAUCUGAAAGAUAGUUUCCAAAUGGUAACCUUGGUGGGAGCUUGUGUGUGAAUUGUUUCUAAUAUAUAAAAAUGUUUUGGGAAUAUUUGAAGCUUGUGGCACAAUUUAUGCAUUGUCAGAUACGGUCAGGAUUUUGUAAUUUAGAAAACUGUUCUUUAGUUUUCAAGAAAAAAGCAUGAAGUGACUUUUUUAAAAGUAGAAUUGUACAAUAAGCUGCUUGCAAACAGAAUGGUUUCGAGUCUUAUUUUCUCUUUCUCAUUUUUUUAAAAUUUAAUUCAGAAAGUAGACAAUGUAGGUUAGGUGAGCCAGGUUUGCCAGAUUACAGUUUAUAAGCAAAAGAUAUAUUUUUACUACUGCUCAGAAUAGUCUAUGGUUUAAAGUUUCCAGAAAUGCUUUUUAUAGAACAUGUAUUGGUUACAUUAGACUUAUUCAUUGGCCGCCGAAAAUUCGAAAGUUCUCAUGAAAAUACAUACUUUUAUAAAGUUUUUCAAAUUGUGUCAAGUCCUGGAGAAAGUUUACUUGGCAACUUGUAAAUAUAGUUAAGAAAAUAAAUAGUAUAAUUUAUUUUAUCUAGGAAAAAAAGUUAUAAGAUUGUGCAGUGCAGUUUCUUUGGGUUUAUUUAGUAAAUGGCAUCAAUAGGUAUAUGUUUUAAAAAAACCUCAUUUACCAAAUUUUUUUGGAAGAAGUUGAAUAUUUUAUAUAUGUAUAGUAUUUUUAAUACCUAUUAGGAAGUACCUACCAGUCGUUUCAGUUGUCUUAGUGAUUUGUGAUUGGUUGGUAAUUUUUUGUUUCAUCUAAUUCAUGAUUGAUAAACAAGGAUGAAGUUAUUUCAAAUAAGUAAUCAAAAUACUAUAGAUGCCUAAGUAAAAUAUUGAUAAAUUAUUUUUUUUACUAAUUACGCUAGCCUGUUGUAAAAUAUGUACUUAAUUUUUGUAAUGAUAUAAGUACCUAAAUAAAUGAGCUCUGUUAAUUAUUAUAAAAUGUUGAUUGUUUUUUAAAUCAAUUCAAUCACACUACCAC